AUGGAUGAGGUGAUGGAGCUGGAGAUGGGGGGGAACUCCCUCCUGAAGGCCGUGUGGCUGGGCCGGCUCCGCCUGACCCGGCUGCUGCUGGAAGGGGGGGCUUACAUCAACGAGAGCAACGAGAGAGGGGAGACUGCCCUGAUGGUGGCCUGCAUCACCAAGCACGUCGACCAGCAGAGCAUCGGCAAGGCCAAGAUGGUGAAGUACCUGCUGGACAACAGAGCCGACCCCAACAUCCAGGACAAGUCCGGGAAGACGGCCCUGAUGCACGCCUGUAUCCGUGGCGCCGGCGGGGACGUGGUGUCCCUGCUGCUGGAGAACGGGGCAGACCCCAGCCUGGAGGACCACUCGGGAGCAUCCGCCCUGGUCCACGCCAUCAACGCCGACGACAAGGAUGUGCUGCAGCACCUCCUGAACGCCUGCAAGGCCAAAGGGAAGGAGGUGAUCAUCAUCACCAUGGACAAAUCGCCCUCCGGCGCCAAGACCACCAAGCAGUACCUGAAUGUUCCCCCGUCGCCAGAGAGG